GCGAAGUUAAGUAAUAAAGCAAAGGGCCACGUCGGAUUGUCUCCGCAGACUGCACCAUUAUCAAAAUGAGUAGCAUACAAAUGCUUCGCCAUUAUUGUCCAAUUCUUGUCGGAGGAUUAUACAUUAUCUAAGCAACCCUAAACCUAUCAACAAACUUGUAUUUUUAGGUAAAGGGUUCACUUGGGAUGUAAAGAUCUAUGCACAAGCAAUCUGGUAAAUGGGGUUCUUGAAUUUGGGGGAAAUACAGGGAUCUGGGGUUCUUGAAAUGGGGUUUUUGGUUUUCUUGGGGAAAAGGGUCAUGUGCGGAGCUUAAAGGUCUGAAAUUUGGUGAGUACUUGUUGGGAAUUGUAGAAUAGAGAAGUGAUACAAGGAUGAAACAUAUGGUGGGAAGUCCCGGAACUGUGAGUGGGUUGAUAUUGAGAUUUGGCCAAUGUUUAUUUGCAGCUGGAUCAAUUGGGGUCAUGGUUUCUGCUUCUGGAUUCUCUAAUUACACUGCUUUCUGCUAUUUGAUUGCAUCAAUGGGGCUUCAAGUAUUGUGGAGCUCUGGGCUUGCAUGUCUGGACAUGUAUGCUUUAAGGAUAAAGCGGGACCUUCAUAAUCCAGUCUUAGUGAGCCUAUUUGUUGUUGGAGACUGGGUGACUGCAACCCUGUCACUUGCAGCUGCGUGCUCGUCAGCAGGGAUUGCUGUUUUAUAUUCAAAAGAUUUGAAGUUCUGCAGUACUCCACCUCAUCUUUCAUGUGGUCGAUUUGAGCUCUCUGUGGUGUUGGCAUUCUUAACCUGGUUUCUUAUCGCCAUUUCUUCCCACGUGAUGUUUUGGAUUCUAGCCGCCAUCUAAUGAUUUGAGCACUUCUCUCUACUGAGAAUAUUGCUUCUGAAAUUACCUCCAAGGCCGGUCACAUCUAAAUCUAAUUACACAAACUUGUAAUCGUAUCUCCCUUUGGCAGUCCACAUGAGUUUCUUCUGCACUGAUGGAGUUGCUUGGAGUUCAGUUGUGCUCAUCAAGUUCAAUUUUGAUUUGAGUGUAAAUUGUAACCUCGUCUUUAUACUCUUAUCUACUGCAGUUCAAUUACAUUUAGAUCUAGUGUGAGUCCUGAGGUUUUUCGCGAGCAAUACAAAAUUGGCCCUGCACAUUUUGAAAUCAAA